AUGGCAGCAAACGCCCUGCCUGUGGAGUUGAUCGAGCUCAUCUUCGCCUACGUCUCUCCGGUCGACGACAAGAAAAACCUCAGGCUCUCGUGCCGCGCCUUUGCUGACGCCGGGUUCUCUUGCCUCUUUGAUACAAACUUUACGCAUUUGAGCUGGCGCGACGAUGUCACGAGGCUAGAGAAUUGGUCGCGCCACAACCGGCUUCGACGUCACCUUCGGUCCUGGACGUUGAACCUGGCGCGCCUGAACGAACACUCCGGCCGUCAUGCAAGCUUCUUCCAGUACUGGUUCAUGGACCCCGAGGAUAGGGAGGCGGUGGUGCUGAGACAGGGCUGGGCAGAGUUUUACGAGGCCGAGGCGAAGAGGAAGAGUAUCGCACCUCUUUGCACUGAAGAGGAGGAGAAUGCGGAGCGGCUGGUCGAUGCGGCGGGGAGGUUGGAGGCACUCGAGGAGGUGAAGAUUCUGUUCAAUGAGUGUCCUUAUGAUGGCGUGGUCUUGAGAAGGGCCUUUGCGGACCCGUCUGUGAGGUGGUUCGAGGCGCGGGAGGUGGGUACGAAAUUUGAGAUGCUGACUAGGGUGUUGAGGAAUUGUGGUCGUUUGAAGAGGUUGCAGGUUGACCGCCUUCCCAUGAAAGCGACGCCGUCUGUUGAUACGGAGAGGAUCUGGAGCGGGUUCGCAAAGAGCGUGGGGACAGGGCUGGAGGAGGUGAGGCUUGGUCUUGACUUUUCGAAUCCGUUCGAAGAAGAGAUGACCGGAGAGACAACGGAGGUCCCUCGUAGCUGGACUGAGCUCGUGGAAGUGGUGUUAGCGAGUUGUCGAAGCGUCCAAGUGUUGGAGGUUAAGCAGCAUUUCUAUCACCCACUCGGAGACCGGACGCGGAAGACGGGGCGGUUAAACCAAGUGCUGUUGAGGGACACCACGUGGAGGCUUACGGAUCUGAAGCUUGAGGGGUUCGCGACCACGCAAGAAGAGUUGUUUGGGUUUGUAAGGAGCCAGCUCGCGACGUUGAAGAGGGUGAGGCUCGGCGGACGUGGGAUCGCGAACGUGAGGGACAGGUCGAGGGGCGGGAUCUGGCUCGAGAUGGGGACGUGGUUUGGAUUCUUUACGGGGUUGAGGAGCAGGCUGAGGGCGGAGGAGGGCGGCGGUGUGCUGAAGAAGAUUCAUCUCGAGGGAGACUUUCGUCAGGUAGACGAGGUCGAGGCCGAGGUCGAUGGCGAAGGUAGGAGGCUGGUUGAGAAGUAUGAUUUCUAUCCGACGACUGACGACUGUUGGAGGCCUUUGGAGACACCUGAAUGGAUGAGGGGGAGUCUCGCCGCGACGUGCUUGGAUGGCAGUGCGUUCGCACGGUAUGUUCUCGAGGACGAGGAUGUGGGUUAUCCCGGCUUCGCAUGGUGA